AGUUUAGGAGUCUGAUAAAUUAGCAAAUAUGAAAGUGGCUGCUGCCAAGGCACAGGUUGAAGCUGUGAAGGCUAGUGAAAAUGAGGCUCUCAAAAGGUUGGAGACAACUCAAAAGGAGAUUGAGGAUAUAAAGACUGCAACACAGGAGGCUUUGAAAAAGGCUGAAAUGGCUGAAGCAGCGAAAAGGGCAGUGGAGAGUGAGCUUCGAAGAUGGCGCGAGAGGGAGCAAAAGAGGGCUGCAGAAGCUGCAUCUCGAAUUCUGGCUGAAACACAGGUGUCAACAGAAUCAUCUCCUCAGCACUAUAGGAUUCAAAAGCAGAAUCCUCCUCGUACAAUGGUGGAGGUGAAAAAGUUUGAAAAGGAGAAGGUUUCAGUUUCAAAGAAAACCCUCUUGCCAAAUAUUAGUGGCAUCUUCCAAAGGAAAAAGAACCAGGUUAAGGGUGGUUCUCCUUCUUAUCUGCCUGGUGAGAACCCUGUAUGAGAUUUGAAAUGUGUAGCAGUUUGUGCAGCUCUUGAAUGUGAGAGGAACAUUUAUUUGUGUGUAGUUGAGGAAUUUAUUUCAUCAGAUUUUGUCAUUGUAGUCUGUUUGAAGGAUUGUGUAGUGUUUGUAGUUUGGUGACAAAUUUGGGCAUGUAUCAUGUAAAUGGAACCAGAAGUAAGAUUAAAAUCUACUGGUAUUUUUCUGUUGAUACUAA